GCAUGUGUGAGAACAUUUACCGGAAGUGCCAUGGUUGUUUGGGUUGUUGGGGCUCCGCUAGUUGUCAAAUAUUGAAAAGUCACGCCAUGGAGGGAGAGAUGAGACUACCAGAACAUCAAAUAGGAGCCCAUCAACAUGUUGUUUUUUAUAUUACCUUAUAAGCCGUGACACGGGUCCAAAAACGACAUCUGAAGGUUUUUAAAGCAGCUUUAGCGCGGAGUUGUUGCUCGCCUCUGUAGCUGUCACAGUUGUCCCGAGGAUGGACUGUACCGCACUGGAACACGACGCUGUCAAAUUUGCCAAAACAGCUGUUACCUACGAUCAAAAUGGGAAAUAUAACGAGGCUGUGUUUUAUUAUAAGGAGGCAGCCCAGGCCCUGCUUUAUGCUGCAAUGGCUGGGUCCAAACUGGAGGGCAUUCAAAACAAAGUGAGUGAAUACUUGGAUCGAGUACAAGCACUUCACGGAGCAGUCCAGGCUCAGAAGAGCGACCCCCUGAAGUCACGGCAGCAGGUGGAUCUGGAGCGGGCACAUUUCCUGGUCACUCAGGCCUUUGAAGAGGAUGAGAAGGGGAAUCUUGAUGAGGCUAUCGAACUGUACACACAGGCUGUGGAGCUCUGCAUUCAAACGUCAAAUGAGACAACAGACCAAGUGUUGCAAAACAAGCUGAAACAGUUGGCUCGUCAGGCUUUAGACAGGGCGGAGGGUUUGAAGGCUGCUCCAGCACAGUCUUCUGACCGGGCAGGAGGCUCUGCUCCCCGGCCCGUCUCAGGUGGCUCUUCUGGGGGUCCAGUCAGACAGUUCUUCCCUUUAGGUCCAGACUUCAGCCUCCAUGAUAAACCUCAGCCUAUGAGAGCAGUGCAAUCCUGUGAGCCCCAAGGACAAAAGUACACAGCGGAUGAGAUCCAAGUUCUCAGGACAACCUCCACAAUUAACGGCAUACCCUACGUGCCCUUUAUGAGUGUGGACCUGAAGGAGCGCUUUGCCUUCCCUGUCCCUUUCUCAGACAAAGUGGGGAAGCUGGCCCUGUCGCCCAAACAGAAGGCCAUCUUCUCCCGCUGGGUCCGACCGGACGAGUUCUGCACCAACCCCACCAUGAUCAUGUCUGUGUCCAGCUUCAGCAUUAAGCAGACAGUAGUCUCUGACUGUUCAUUUGUGGCAUCACUUGCUAUUAGCGCGGCUUAUGAGAGGCGCUACAAUAAGAAACUUAUUACCAGCAUCAUCUACCCUCAGAACAGAAAAGGAGAGCCUGAAUAUAAUCCCUGUGGGAAGUACAUGGUCAAACUACACAUCAAUGGAGUGUCCAGGAAGGUGAUCAUUGAUGACUACUUGCCUGUGGACCGCAAUGGAGAGCUGCUGUGCUCUUACUCCAGUAACAGGAACGAGCUGUGGGUGUCCCUCAUAGAGAAGGCCUACAUGAAGGUGAUGGGGGGCUACGACUUCCCCGGAUCCAACUCGAAUAUAGACCUCCAUGCGCUCACAGGCUGGAUCCCUGAGCGCAUAGCUAUGCAUUCAGACAAUCACUCCUUCAGUAAGGAUGGCACCUUCCGCAUGCUGUACCAGAGAUUUCACAGAGGAGAUGUCCUGAUCACCACGGCGACAGGAGUGAUGACAGAGGAGGAAGGAGAGAGAUGGGGCCUGGUGCCCACACACGCCUAUGCUGUUCUCGACAUAAGGGAGUACAAGGGAAUGCGUUUCCUGCAGCUGAAGAAUCCAUGGAGUCACUUGAGGUGGAAAGGACGUUACAGUGAGAGGGACGAGAAGAACUGGACUCCAGAGCUGCUCAAAUAUCUCAACUUUGAUCCCAAGACAGCACAGAAGUUUGAUAAUGGUGUGUUUUGGAUCGCAUGGGAGGACUUGUGCCAGUACUAUGAUGUAAUCUACCUGAGCUGGAAUCCCGCACUUUUUAAAGAAUCCUUCUGCAUACACAGUAGUUGGGAUGGGAAGCAAGGUCCUGUAAAGGACGUGUACAGUCUGGCCAACAACCCACAGUACAGACUGGAGGUGCAGUGUCCAACAGGGGGUGCUGCUGUGUGGGUGCUCCUCACAAGACACAUCACUGACAAGGAUGACUUUGCACAAAACCAAGAAUUCAUCACUCUUGUUGUUUACAAAAACGAUGGAAAGAAGGUGUAUUAUCCAACCGAACCCCCUCCCUACAUCGAUGGUAUCCGUAUCAACAGCCCCCACUACCUGACCAAGAUCAAGCUGACGAGCUCGGGCACACACACCUUCUCUCUGGUGGUGUCACAGUAUGAGAAACAGAACACCAUCAACUACACACUAAGGGUCUACUCUGUCUGCAAAUUCAACUUCUCGAAGAUCUCCAAUCCAUUCACACAUGUCAAAAGGAUAAACGGUCAGUGGAAGGGCGCAAGCGCAGGAGGCUGUGGAAACUACAAGGACUCGUACAAACAUAACCCCAUCUACCAGAUCAACCUAGAGCGCUCUGGGCCUCUGCUCAUUGAGCUCAGAGGAUCCAGACAGUACAGUGUGGGCUUUGAGAUGGUCACCGUGUCCACAUCCAGUGAUCCCGGAGCAGCAGGUUUCAACAAGAAGAACAGUGGAGACUACAGAUGUGGCUUCUGUUAUAUGGAGUUGGAUCACGUUCCCGCUGGUAUCUACAAUGUCAUCCCCACCACGUUUCUGCCGAAACAAGAAGGACCCUUUUUUCUGGACUUUAGCACCACAUCACCUGUUAAAGUAUCACAGCUUCAAUGAGGAACUGUGCACUAGACACCGAACAAUGACUCACAACAUUGAAUUCAAAUACAGUUGUUAUAUUAUCAUUAUGUAAUCCAAUAAAUCCCAGUGGUACAGUUGGUAAUACAGAAUGCAAAAUAUUUAUUUUUAUCUUAAGUCUCAGUCAUUGAAAGUUAGAUGGAUUUUAAUACAUUUAAUACAUAAUAAUUUCAGUAUGUCUUGGCCUAAUAUGGCAAGCCACAGCUGCCAUGGGGCAGAGAUGUGGCUGCUAUUCUGUGCCAGUGGCCUCUCCAUUCAUGCCAAUGAUUGAAUUAUUCUCUAAAGUCACCGACUCUUCUUUUAGCAUUGCACAUGUUUUUUCUUCUUUUUUUUUUUUUUGGUUGCCAAUUCCUUUAUCAAUGAUUGUUCAAGAAGAUAUUUUAUUCUCAGGAGCAGUUGGUCAGCACCACAGGGAAUCCAUAUUGCUUUGGAAACACAUACAGUUUGACUGGAAUUGUUAAAGCUGGGGUAUAAAUAGGUCUCACAAAUCGUUAAUCAAUCUUAAUUAAUAUCCACAUGCAACAGCUUUUUCAGGUGGGACAUGAAACUGGGUGCACAGCCCAAACACAGCCAAUCAGAGCGCUGCUGAUGGAGCUUAAUUCCGGGUUGAUGGAAUUAUUAGUUGCAGCCAAUGCACAGAAGUCUCAUUUUAUCAAAUGCACUCUUUGGGGGGAAAAGACAAAUCUACUCAUUUGAAAGCCUGGUACCCCAGCUUUAAAGGCCAAAUAACUUUAUGUGUUGAAAUGGAGCUGAAGUGAAAGUUCAGACUGAAAGACUUCUCUACUGUCAUUGCCUGGAGCCCAUCCACUCAGUCCACUUCCUCACACCAGACCAUCCAGGCACUGUCCUGCAGCCUCUCCUCCCUCAGCUGUGUCCCCCAGUCCACACUGCAGGCAGUAGGAAUUAAAUGGAGUUGUCUAUCACCAGUCAGCUUUUCAAGUUAAUGUUCAACAUCCCUAGUCUAACCGCCAACUGACAGCCAAGAGCUGUCUUAUUUUGUUUUCAGAGGCAAAAUAAGUUGCUGGUACAUAUUCAUAUUAUAAUGUAUUUAUUUAGUUCUUUGUUAAAUACACAUGUGAUCACAAUAAGGGGAAUAAACACUGCCUUUACAUUGGGGUACCUGAUUUUCAAACCGUGAAAGGAUGAAAUGGCUAUUUAAAGUUAACUAGUUCCUAGCUCUCACAAAAAGCAUGUGCAUAUGCACAGCUUUGAAACUGCUUACUCAGCCAACAUGCUCUCAUCCCAAAAGAACAGCAAAGUAUCGACCAUUUCGGUUUAAUAAGUAAAUGCAGGCAGCGAUCUGAUUCAGUGCUGCUAGUUAAGUUAUUGCCAAGUGUAUUUGCCAAGUAAAUCAACACAAAUGUUUUUUUAUGUUUACUUUUGUCGUAUGUUCUGGAUAACUUGCAUUUUCAAUAGAACUGAGAAGUUGAAACUUGAGGAAAUUAAAUGCAACAGAUGCAGAAUUGUCUAUUGUCCACUGUAGAUUUUUGUGGUGCACAAUCACCAAGCUGUCCAAAAAAAUAGCAGACCACACCCCAGAACUCUGCUACCCAGUGUCCCAGAUCCUGGCUCCCAAAAUCAUUAGAAUAGUUAUGUUGACUUGAACAUGUUUACCUCAUCUGGGGAUACAGAUAAGUUUAUGAAAUUUAAAAUAAAAAUGUCACAUACG